AUGCAAACAUUCGUUUGGACAUUGGCUUUCUUACUUGUGAUAAUAAGCCUAGAUACUGUAUUUUCGCAAGGGCUUUUCCCGCUAUGGCAAGGAUUCCAGCCUCAGACGCCGGCCGAAGCUCCACUGCCUCCUAAGACGCCUAAGGGCCGGAGUCCGAAUGAAAAAUUGAAGGCCUGUUGCAGUAAGUUGCCACAGGCCGAUCAGGACUGCAAGAAUCGAUUCUGCGAUUUCAAUGCCCUCUCGAGCAACACGGUAUGUUGAAAGGAAGAAAUUCCGUUUUUUGCUGCUUCAUAGGUUAUUCAAAUUUUUUGUUUUUUACUACUGCCUCAACCUAAAUUGCAGGUCCUAUUCUUCCUCUCAACCUGCGCUCCUCGCGGGCCCACUGUUGGCCAAAUGUGGGAUUGCGCUUCGACGAGAGCUGAUCACAGUCAUUGCUGCCGCGUCAAGGGAGUCCAGCCCGGCUGCAUGGCGUAUUGUGAGACCACGAAUGGAGUGCCCACCGACUAUUUCAAGUACUUGGCUUGUUUGAGGGACUUUGACAAGAUCCGGGAGUGCUUCCGAUACCAUCUUAUUGAUAACCCAAAUCUUAAGGGAGAUUUGUAA